UGACAGUAGUGGUGUUUAAAUUUAGCGCUGAGCUAACACGGGAAUCAAAUGAUCACUAGCAAUUCAAUAGGCAGGGUGUCAGUUGUUCAUAGCUUCUGUUCUUCAUACAAGCCAGUUAAAACGAUCAAGUGACAAUAUUAAUUAUAAAAAGUAUAAUAACAAGAAUUUAAAAUAGGAUAAAUAUAAACAGUACAUAAUAUUUGAAAAUGUUUAUGGUAUAAUACAGGGUAUUUGAAUUUUUUUAAGAAGUAGCAACAGUAUUGAAAAGUGUACUUAAAAAUAGUUGUUAUCACAAAACUGUAUUUAAAAAUGAUAAAAAGCUGCUACAGUAUUACAAAGUAUUUUUUAACAAACUGAUUUCAAAAGUUUACUAAAUUGUUGAUUGUUGAUUAAAGUCAAAAUGAGGUUGGAAAUAAAGAUGCCAAAUUUCAUCCACAAACAGACAUUGAAAGGGAUAUUGAUGACACAGUUGAUUUUAUCUUGGAUAAAGUGUGGACUAAGUGAAGAUGUUUCAACAUUUUUGGGACAUACAGAAACAGAAUGUGAAUUGCAGUUUCAAUCCAAAUUGGAAUAUUGUUUAGGGCUUUCAAUAUUCUACAGAAAAGGACAUCCAACAUUAACAUAUGUGAAAAAUAAAAAUGUUUUUAUACAAAAUGUGUAUAAGGAAUACCAUUGUCAGCAAUAUGAGAGAACACUACAAUGUAUCCAUGACAACCUAAAGGCCUGCCCCACCCCCCAACAAACAGGAGUGGUGCGGCACUACCUCGCGGAACCCUGGGCUCUGCACACCAACUACCUCUGCAAAAUCAAUCAAAAAGCCCAAACAGAGGACAAGGAGCAUCUUAAGUUUACCCGCACUGACAAGGACUUUCAAGAACCAAGGGAGCAUGUUAAAUUUACACAAACUGGAACUGAAAUGCUUUUCAGUCAUGAUCAACGGGGCCAUCAAAGUGAAAAUUUAGACUGGAACGCAUUUAAUAUUGAAAAUGAAAUUUUGAAUUUUAAGCACAUUAGGACACAGUUAAAAAGAGGAAACCCAGAUUUCCGCAGAACUGUUACAUUGAGUGCAAAUGACAAUCAAGCCCACCUUUCAGUUAUUAAUAACAGCAGAGUUUUUGCAUCAUUACAAACUACUGUUGAUGAUCAACAUGACAAAUAAUAUCUCAUGCAAAUGUGAAAUAAAACCUGUGUGCACCUUAUAGAUGGCCAAUAUCUUAUUGCAAACAAGAUUUUUAACCCGAGUUUGCACAAAAAUUACUGCAAAGACUAUCUAUUUCUGGAAAGUUUGUAUAAUGAUUUCACAGUUUAGAAUCAAGAGUUGAACUAUCCAGGCAAAACUAAGUAGUGAAUCAAAUGCACCAACAGGCACCACAAAUAGGACUUCUGCAAAAUAUAGCAUUGACAAAGGGAGACAAAUCGCAAACAAUAGGAGAUCAACAGAGUAUGCUCCCUUGAUCAGUUUUCUAACUAUUGAAAACAUGUGAAAGAAGGGAAAGCACUGCAAACAGAAGUCCUGGAUUGGAAUGUAAACAGAAAUGUUGUAUUAUGGUUUAAUAUGGAGUAUGUUACAAUGCAUUGCAAGGUGAAGAUGCCUUGUAGACCUGAUAUGUAUCUAUCAUCUGUUGUUAUUUGUUGAAUAUUGAAGAUUACCUCAUAUAUACUUAAUCAUGCAUUCCAAUUUCUAUGCUACAA